GUGAAGCUCGUUUCCAGCAAACCGAAAGCGCGAGGGAACUCGCUGUCCUUGAAGCCAACCGGCAAGCGGAAGCUGCCCGUAGAGCUUUAGAGGAAGCCAACAGCAAUGCCAGGCGCCUUCGCGAAGUGGAAACUUCUGCCCGUCAGAAUGAUGCGAUGCGAUCCCAUGAGGUCGCUGACAUGUCAUCUCGGAUGGAUGAACUGAUGAGGCAGCUUCAUGCCCAGCGCCAGCAGACUGAGGUAUUGAUUCAUCAGAAUAACGCAUUAAGCUCCAGGGUUCGAGAUUUCGAAGCUAGAGAUGCUGCUUUGAAGAUUCAAGAGGGAAUUCCACAAGGGCCUCCACCUGGCAUUCCCGUACACCCCAUUUCCACUCCGAAGCAUGGAGGUGUGGCGGUGGUGGCGGCGGGCCUGAUGGCAACGGCCCCAGUGGAGGCGAUGAUGAUCAUGAUCGUCGCAGUCGGUGUGGCGGUACCUGCGAGGCGGAAGCCCCAGCCCAAAGAGGAUCACAAGAAUGAUCUGGUUCUUUCGCUUGAAGAGGCUGAGGGAUAUGCAAGGGAGAAAGCUACUGAGAACGACGACUCGGUUGAAGAUGAAGUUGGCAGGGACUACAUAAUCAUUGGCGCUUGGAUUUUCAGCGGGAUGACCGGGAUCACAAAUUCUGUUGAUCGUCAUGCUCAGCUGAUCAAGUGCCUGAUCGCCUUCAUGAAGUCAAGAGGGUUGAAAGAUACCUUUACGUCUAUCUGCAUCAACCAUGGUGGCAAUCGCCGUGUGCAUCGAGAUUUGUUGAAUCAUGAUAACUCACUCAAUCACACUCUAGGCGUUGGAAGCUAUCAAGGUGGUUCCGUAUGGGUUGAGCAGAAGGAUGACUUCCCCGUAUUUCGCGGAGAAGGUGUAGCUGGUGGGAAAUCAAAGUGCGUCAAGGUUAAAGGGGCACUUGAAGUCAACGGAAGAGUAUACGACACUCAUGAUCGAAUGUUAUCCUUCCACCCCAAGCUUUGGCAUCAGGCACAGCCUUGGACAGGUGAUCGAUGGACCAUCACUGCAUACACGAUUCGGGAUGUAGAUGGUUUGAGCUGGGAACAGUCAAAGUCGUUAAUGUCGCUUGGGUUUCAGUUGAAUUCAUCAAGACGGUUACCAUUUGUUCCAUCGUUGAUUACCGGCGACAGCGAUGAAGAGCUCACACUUUACGACUUCGUGAAGAAGAAGAAGGCCGAGAAAGAUAAG